AUGAGUGCACAUUCAUUUCUUACACUUCUUUUCUUUACCAUUUUUUGUUUCAUUAUUUCACUUUCUCAUGCUCUAAACAAUGGUUUCACUCUUGAACUCAUCCAUCGCGACUCUUCAAAAUCACCAUUCUACCAACCUACACAAAACAAAUACGAACGCAUUGCCAAUGCGGUGCGUCGUUCCAUCAACCGUGUCAACCAUUUCUACAAAUAUUCUCUCACUAGUACACCUCAAUCAACUGUAAACUCUGAUAAAGGUGAGUAUCUCAUGAGUUAUUCAAUUGGUACUCCACCAUUUAAGGUUUUUGUGAAUAUACAUACUUCUAAGUAUAUGGAUGGAUCAAUUUCACAAGGAUAUCUUAGUGUGGAGACUCUUACAUUAGAUUCCACCACCGGCUACUCAGUUUCAUUUCCUAAAACAAUGAUAGGAUGUGGAUAUAGAAAUACAGGGACGUUUCAUGGCCCAAGCUCUGGUAUAGUUGGCCUUGGAAGUGGACCUAUGUCUCUUCCAUCUCAAUUGGGUACAUCAAUUGGUGGAAAAUUCUCUUAUUGUUUAGGUCCAUGGUUGCCUAACUCAACGAGCAAACUCAAUUUCGGCGACGCCGCGAUAGUAUAUGGUGAUGGGGCUAUGACAACUCCUAUAGUGAAAAAGGAUGCACAAAGUGGUUACUACUUGACAUUAGAAGCAUUUAGUGUGGGAAACAAAUUAAUAGAAUUUGGAGGACCUACAUAUGGUGGUAAUGAGGGUAACAUUUUAAUUGAUUCUGGUACAACAUUCACAUUUUUGCCCUAUGAUGUUUAUUAUAGAUUUGAAUCAGCUGUAGCAGAAUAUAUUAAUCUGGAGCAUGUUGAGGAUCCAAAUGGUACAUUUAAACUUUGCUAUAAUGUUGCAUAUCAUGGAUUUGAAGCUCCUUUAAUCACUGCACAUUUUAAAGGUGCAGAUAUUAAAUUGUAUUAUAUUAGUACCUUUAUUAAAGUUUCUGAUGGGAUUGCAUGCUUGGCUUUUAUCCCAUCUCAAACAGCCAUCUUUGGAAACGUGGCUCAACAGAAUUUGUUGGUUGGUUAUAAUCUUGUUCAAAAUACUGUUACAUUUAAGCCUGUUGAUUGUACCAAGCCAUAUUGA